CCCGCUGCGCUCGCUCCGCUCGGUUACCGGGCUCUGCGCGCCCGUGCCCGCUGCCCGAGGGCCCCGGACACUCUUCGGACCAGACAGACAGCAGGAGCCCUGGGCGGCACCCAGCGCCCCAUCCCUCUGCUCGCACCAGGUCUCGUUUUCCAGGAUCCAGCCACCAUGGAUGAAACUGUGGCUGAGUACAUCCGAAGGACUGUGCUAAAAAUCCCAAGGGAUGAAAUCAAGAUGAUGCUGCAGAAAUGGGGCUUUCUCUCUGAGGCACAGCUGCAGACUCUAAAUUUCCACCAGAUAAAGGACAACAUUUCUCAAGAAGUCGUUCAGCUCUGUGAGGAAAAUUCUGCAGACAUAAAGCAAGCAGCAGCUCUAGACAUAAUUUACAACAACAUCCACCAAAACAAAAGAAUGUGGACUGUUUACCAGAUGAAAAAAUCAGGAGAAGAAUUGGAUUAUUUUGACAUAACAGAUUUUAAAAAAAAGUUUAAAAGAAGACUUCGAUCAGCCUUGAAAAACGUCACCAUCACCUUUAAGGAGUAUGAGGAUAAUGCAAUCUGGAUUCGAGUUGCCUGGGGAACACCAUAUAAAAAACCAAACCAGUACAAACCCAGCUAUGUUGUGUACCAUUCGCAGACUCCUUAUGUCUUCAUUUCUGCCUCAGUGCUGAAGAGCAACUUGCCUCUGCUCUGUCAGGCCCUGAUUGUUGCUUCCAAUUACCAUGACAUCCGUGAAAUGGAGCUUCGAAGUCAUUCUUUAAACUCCCUUAAAGAUAUUGUGUUUAAAAGAUAUAGCCAGAACUUCCAAACUUACACUUCAAAACCUCUGCAAGGAGAGAAUGUAGAACCAGAAAAUGCAGAUAUAAGGAUAGUUCAAGAAAACAGAAGUGAGAAAGAAAGAAUCCUCAGACUGAACCAGGAAGUUUUUGGUAGUGGUCCACAACCAAAACUCGAAUUUGCACAAUACAGGCUUGAGACUAUGUUUAAAAGUGAUCCUAAAAUGGAUGUUCUGAAUAAAAAAGAACCAUUCAGAUGUUUGGUCAAGUUUUCUAGUCCACAUCUUUUAGAAUCAUUGAAAUCCUUGGCACCAGCAGGUAUGGCUGAUGCACCACUUUCACCACUCCUUACAUGCAUACCACAUAAAGCUAGGAAUUAUUUUAAAAUUAGAGAGAAAAAAGGUUUAUGUCCAGAAAGUUUUGUAAGUCCCUAAGUUAAAACUGAUUCAUAGAGAAAUAUGCAACUCAUUUAUUACUGGUAUUAAUCUAAAUCAUCAUAAGGUUUUAAAAAAUAAGUUAUUAUUUCUUAAUACCCCAAAGUUUUUUCCAUAUUAUGGCUUCUGCUUGAAUUAUUUUUCCACAGUUGUCCUUAACAGAAGUUAGCCUUAACUAAUAUAAAAAAAGCAAGUUGCAAAGCUUAAACCAAGAUUGUAGUUAUUUUAAAUUUAAAUGUCAUGACUGCUCUUAACUGUUUCUAAUAGUAUUUGUGAAGUUAAUAAAGACACAAUAAUAGCUGUAGCUAUUCAGUUUGCUAUCAUAGCUGUAGAUGGCUACAAUAUUCCAGGUGGCCUUUCAUAUUUUGGACACAACACCUGCCCUGUUUGGAGCAUGGGAACAGUCCCUUUCAAAUGGCUGGGUUCCCUGGCUGCAGCUCAGGCAUGUUUUUAUCUAAGAAGAAAAAUUGUAUUCUAAGACUAUUCCAGGGCAUGGCGGAGAGUGGAUUUUUGGAAUGCAGAUGUCAGUGCGAAGCUUCUGUCCAGCUUUAGGAGGUAUUCAUUAAUUCGGCUUCCAAAGUCUGUCUCACCAAGGGCAACAGCCAGUAAGAAAUACUUGAAAAUCUGCCUGUUGCUAUUAAUGUCUUAUAAAGUUUUGUCUCGGAAGAACACAAUGGAAG